AUGGCGUCCUCUUACAGAAUAAACUGUUCCACUCUUCUUCAUCUCCUUAUGUUUCUGUCUAGUCUUCUCACUUCCUCCGCCAACCUCUCCUUUAAUUUCUAUGCUAGUUCUUGUUCUGUAGCCGAGUUUCUAGUCAGAAACACCGUUAGAUCAGCUACCUCCUCCGAUCCAACGAUCCCCGGGAAACUCCUUCGUCUUUUCUUCCACGACUGUUUCGUCCAGGGUUGUGAUGCAUCAGUGUUGAUACAAGGGAAUAGCACAGAGAAAAGCGAUCCCGGAAACGCAUCUCUUGGAGGAUUCUCAGUCAUAGACACAGCCAAGAAUGCCAUCGAGAAUUUAUGUCCGGCCACUGUUUCUUGCGCUGACAUAGUUGCACUUGCUGCUAGAGACGCCGUCGAAGCUGCAGGAGGACCGGUGGUUGAGAUUCCGACAGGGAGGAGAGACGGGAAAGAAUCGAUGGCUGCAAACGUGAGACCGAACAUCAUCGACACAGAUUUUACUCUCGAUCAAAUGAUCGAUGCCUUCUCUUCCAAAGGCUUGUCCAUUCAAGAUCUCGUCGUCCUCUCAGGAGCACACACAAUUGGAGCAUCACACUGUAACGCAUUCAAUGGAAGGUUUCAACGAGACUCGAAAGGAAACUUCGAGGUAAUUGAUGCGUCUCUCGACAACUCCUACGCAGAGACACUAAUGAACAAGUGUUCGUCCUCGGAAUCCUCAUCAUUGACUGUGAGCAACGAUCCAGAGACAUCUGCCGUAUUCGAUAAUCAGUACUAUAGGAAUCUUGAGACGCACAAGGGUUUGUUUCAGACGGAUUCUGCUUUGAUGGAGGAUAAUCGGACGAGGACAAUGGUGGAGGAAUUAGCGAGUGAUGAGGAAAGCUUUUUUCAAAGAUGGAGUGAGUCGUUUGUGAAACUGAGUAUGGUUGGUGUGAGAGUUGGUGAAGAUGGUGAGAUAAGACGUUCUUGUUCUUCCGUCAAUUAA